AAUGAAGGGCUUUGUAAUUCUAGUUGCAUUCUUAGAAUUUGUAAUAGUUACCAGUUUAACUAAACGAAAAGCGGUCAGUUUAUCCUUGAAUGCACCGAAUAAGAUACCAAUUCGUGGUUUCUUAUUAGAUGAUAAUUAUGACAAGGUUUCACCUUCGAAAUUAAAGUCGAUUGAAAAAGUGAUGAAAUCCCAACAGUACCAAUUGAACAAAAUGAUAGCAGUUUCAAAGGAUAACAGCAACAGCGUUUCUGCAAUUAAAUCCGACCUCACAGAUCUUAGUAAAGCGGUCACUGGUUUGCAAAAAGCACUAAGGAAACAGGCUAAUCCGGCUAAUGGUGGAUACAUUGGAUGUUACAAAGAUGACGGUGUCAGACAUCUCAAACAUAAAGUUUCGAGCUUGGGGAGUUCUAUAACCUUAGCUAAAUGCCGUGAACAUUGUAAAGGAUAUAAAUACACAGGCUUACAGUAUAGUACAUACUGUCUGUGUGGAAAUGUACUAGAAAACAAAAAGUAUCCAAAAGUAGCAGAUUCAGAGUGUAACAUGGCUUGUGCUGGAGAAAAAACUCGAAAGUGCGGAGGUGGCUGGAGAAACUCGAUAUAUCUAGUCAAACCAUAAGCGAGAUGAGAAAACAGAAAACACACAGAAGAUCAGCAUCAAAAAUAAAAUAAUUGCAAUUUUA